CGGAACGAGGCGGCCACACUAUGUGGCGGGAUAGGCCUGACAAAACUGUGUCAUUUGACCGGGCAAGAAAAGUGAACAGUCCUUUUCAUGUGUUAAUAAAUCAACAUGGAAAAUGAAAGCGACAGUGACAGUAAAAAGGAGCCCAUUGGCGCCUUACCAAGGUCUUUCUCGAACAGGGGACCGAACAAAAGGAAGGUAAAACCUACAAUUGAAGCACAGCUAAUUCAGUUUCAAACAAUGUUUAGUGAUAGCGAAGACGAUGAAGAUUUUGUCGCCAGCUCUGAUGAAGAUGAUGACGAUUUGUCGGAUCAUUCUGGAGAUGAAGCUAACAAAAGAGAUAAGAGCUCCUCGGACCUGGAAGAAAAUGCUUCGAAGGAUGAUGAAAAUUUUGCGGAAAAUGAAGACGAAAGUGAAUCGGAAGAAUCUGUCGGGGAUGAACAUGACGAGAAUGACAUGACUAUAUCAGAUACACUAAACACAUUUCAAGAGGCUGACACUUCUAGCAAAGAACCCUCGAAGCCUAAAAAGUCUAACCUCCCAGUUUGUGGAAUCUGCUUGGAGAAUGAAAGCACAGAAGAAGAUGAACUUGUAGAAUGUGACUGGUGUGGGAUUACAGUACAUGAAGGUUGCUAUGGUGAUGCAAAUGAUGAUGAAUCUGAUGACAAAAGUGACUCUGACACUGAUACAGAGCCAUGGUUUUGUGAUGCCUGCAAAGCAAAAUGUAGCAGACACUGUGAGCUUUGCCCUGUAGAAGGAGGAAUUUUAAAGCAGGCAGAUAAUGGGCAGUGGGUUCAUCUUAUUUGUGCUCUCUAUGUGCCAGGUGUCGGAUUUAGAGAUGUUGAUAGGCUGCAGACAGUUGUUCUUGAUGAUAUUUCAGCAAACCGUUGGUCUGCAAGAGAGUGCUCAUUGUGUGAAGACAAGAGAUUUAGCAAAACUGGGAUAUGUAUUCAGUGUGAUGCUGGUCUUUGUAAAACAUUCUUCCAUGUUUCAUGUGCUCAAAAACAUGGACUGCUCACAGAAGCUCCAGCAGCUGGACAUUUGAAUGAUGAUGAUGCGGAUCCUUUGUAUGCCCAUUGCAGAAUGCAUACUGACAAAACUGUUAUGAGACAUAGAAUUAGCCACUGGAAUUCUUUUGAGACACAUAUAAAAGAUUUUAACCGCAGUUGUGAUCCAGAUGACAAAUUUAGAAUUGAAAGUGCUUUUAAAAGAGCUCAGGAAGAAUACUUAGAAUUCAGAAGAAACCUUACACCAGCUACACUUCAAACAGUUGAUACUCCCAGGCUAUUGACAUCAUGCUCGGAGAUUUCUAAGUUUCUUUUGAAAAAGGCAGAGUUAAGAGGAUUUUCAACAACGUCAGAAGAAAUAGCUUUGCCAUAUUCUGGUAACA